AUGCCUGUUGGGAGCGUCUACACCUGUGCCAGGCCUUCGAGGAAGGUGAUUUCCUGCGACUCCUCAAGCCAGCCACUGAAAAAGGGGCAGUCGGGGCUACUAGAAUCCAGGCUCAGGGCCUUCUCCCUCGGAAGAGUUACAGAGAUGAAUUGGGUCGGGGGCUCCAGGACCAGGAUUCUGACCAAACAGGAGAGGAGAAAGCAAAAGGAAUAUUUUGAAAAGAAAAAAUUAAAAUCCAAAAUGAAAUUGCUGGGCAUGUUAUCCCCUGUCAAACAUUCUGCGGUUAGUUUGGACCUUCUUAACCUGUACAUAGUAAAUAAGAUCUCUUGCCAAAAGAAGACAACUGAAACUGUGAGGAGACCAACUCACGUGAACAUGAACAAAGAUGUAAAAAUGCCUUUCAGGAAGCAGAAUCUAGAGUUUCCAAUGUCACCUCCCAGUAGACCAUCUAACCUUUGUAUCGAUGAUCUAGGAGACAAUACACAUUAUCAAAUACCAGGCAACAAGGAAGAACAUGGCACAGCACAGCUUCAUAAUGUUAAUUAUUCUAAUACCUUGGCUUCCAAGUUAUAUGACAAUAGAGAUGCUCUCAGUUCAUCUUACAAAACUGGACCAUUAUUUGGAAGAUUAAACAGUCCAGGAAACAGGAAUCUUCUUUCUGGAAGGCCUGUAGUUAACAAUGAAGCCGGGGGGAGCACAGUGGAGCGAAGACAGCCAGACUUCCUUACUGACAAACAACCUACACAAAGUAUUUGGAGAGAGAGUGCAAAAGAGGUUCCAGAAUUUCUUGAAGAUGUGAACCAACCAACUCCAAGCCUCAUGUCAAAGAAGAGCGACUCUUUGAUUGGUCCAAAUAUGAUCAAUUUAUUAGCCAUAGACCAAAAAAGAGUAAAGAAAGCCUAUGAGGGUGUUCAAGACUUUGAUUCUCCAUCGAGCAGUCAGUCUGCCAGUUAUUCUCCGAGGCAGACAGACAGCCACUUCAGUUCCAGUUCAGAGAUGUCAUCUGAAGAUGAAGAUUCAGCAUCACAGCAAAUGGAAGAGUCAGAGAGACCUAUCAGAGCCAAAGAAACAUCUAAUAAUACUCAUCCAAGAAGGAUGACUAGACAUUCAGGUGAAAAGGAUACCAAAGAUGGCGCCAGAACUCCUACACAAAGUGAUCCUUGUCACCAGUUCUCAGGGGAAAGUAGCUCAUAUCAUUUUUCACAGUCUCAGAGUUAUUCGGCCCAUACUUUACAGCAUGAAAGCAGCCAGGAUGUCAUUCUGCAGGGAGCAAGAUGCGAUGUGGGGGUGCAGACAGAGAGCUGGCCUGCUGGGGCAGUGAAGGUGGAUGUGGCUGUGCAGUGUGGGAGACUGUCUCCCGGUUCUGGUUGGGGAGACACCGAGAGGUCCGCUGUUGGGGAGGAAUCGGGGCCAUUGGGGAGCAAGGUAUCCCUUAGGAGGCUGCUGACGCUCUGA